AGUCUUGUUUUUGUUGUUGUUUCAUUUUGUGCUGUCAUCUGUUGUUUUGACCACAGCGCUUACAGCAAGCGAAAUAGAAACAGUGAAAGUCAAAACAAAAUGAUGAGUUUUUUGACGUGGCACACAAGUUUAUUACUAUCCGAAUUUAUUUUAAUUUGUCUCUUAACAUUCACUACGUCGAAUGAUGAAACUACACAGGAAAUCCAUAAACCAUGGUAUGAGAAUCUGCCAGCGGUAGCCAUGGACUAUAAGGUGCACAUUGACGCUGGUAAAGAGGAUUGCUACUACCAAUAUGUGCAGGCGGGUGCCACAUUCUAUGUAUCGUUCAGUGUUGUACGCGGCGGUGAUGGUAUGGCCGGCUUUGCUGUGCGCAAUCCGCAGAAUCAAAUUGUGAAGCCUUAUCAGUGGCAGGCAACUGCUGAUUAUACAGACCAAGUAUCGCCCGGUGGUUAUUAUUCCGUUUGCAUUGAUAAUCAGUUCUCACGUUUUGCCGGCAAGUUGGUUAACAUUUACAUCACAGUCGUCAAAUAUGAUGCGUGGGACAAAUAUGCCAAAGAAAUUGAAGAGCUGCAACUAAAUUUGCAGAAUUUCACAGUUACUCUUGGCACUGUUGAGCGUAACAUCAACGACAUGUUGAACUAUCAGUCCUACAGCAGAAAUCGUGAAGCACGUGAUUUUGCAUUACUCAAUGAUAAUAACGGUUACAUUCAAACUUUCUCCAUCUGCCAAAUUGCCGUCAUUAUUGUGGCAUGUUCCAUACAGGUCUUUUUCGUUCGGAAACUUUUCGAUGUGAAAUUGUCAUCGAAAUCACGAAUUUAAAUUUAGGUGACUUCCAACAUCUAAUUUUAUUUGUUGCUACUCAAGCUGCUGAGCUACGAA